GGAGCUCCCAUCAGCUGGCCUUGCUCCUGUGCUGCACCCCUCCCUGCUUUUGUCCGCCGCCCAUUUCAUUGACGUCGGAGGCCCUUUAACAACCAUCGAGCCGCAUAACGUACGACGGCAUCGGGCCUCAUUUGUCUGCAUGCUCCCUAUUACACAACACCCCUCCGGAUAGCACUCUGGACCUUCGCCGUCCGCGACGGGGCUGAUACGAUGUUCGACAUCUUCGCGAAACUGCUCUCCUCCAUCGCGUCCUUCCUCUUCCCGCUCUUCGCCAGCUAUAAGGCUCUCAAGACUUCAGAUCCCUCUCAGCUUACACCAUGGCUGAUGUACUGGGUUGUUCUUGCCUGCGUGCUUCUCGUUGAGUCGUGGACGGAGUGGAUCCUAUUCUGGAUCCCCUUCUACGCCUACAUCCGCCUCCUAUUCCUUCUCUACCUCGUGCUCCCACAAACCCAAGGCGCCCGCCUGAUCUACGAAGAAUAUAUCCACCCCCGCCUCGAAGAGAACGAGACCGCCAUUGAAGAGUUCAUCGCCUCCGCGCACGACCGCCUCCGCAGCGCGGGCAUCGCCUACCUCAAGCGCGCAAUCGAGCUGCUCAAGACCAACGUCCUCGGCCUGCCGCCCUCGGCCGAACCCGCCGCCGCGCCCGAGCCCCAGAGCGCACAAUCCUACACGCAGUCUCUUCUCGCACGCUUCACCCUGCCCACCCCGAAAUGGGCCACCACCACCCCGGCUUCAGGCACAGCCCCUGGUGCUGCCGGCCUGACAAACGACUUCUACAACCUGCUCGCCUCUGCCGUCUCUGCCGCUGCCACCACCUUCCCAACCUCCUCCGCCGCAACCAAACCCUCCGCAUCCGCCCCCGAGGCAGAGAGCAGCAGCAGCAGCAGCAGGGGCAUCAUCCCGGAAUCAGUCCGCACCGCCUCUGCCGCGGCCCGCAUGUCCUUCAUCCGCGCCCAGCGCGAGCGCCUGCGCAUCGUCAUGUCGGCGCUCGACAAGGAGGAGGCGGAUGCCGUUGAGACGGCGCGACGUCAGGAACAGCAGCAACAGCAGCAGGGUUCCGGCCUGGGUGUUGGGGGGCAGCGGAAGAGUCUCAGCGAGCAGAGUGUUGGCUCCACGAGCGGCUUGAGCCUGAGCAAGAGCCGGAGCGAGGGCGAUUUUGAGAAGCUGGAGGCCUUUUCGAGCGGGGCGGAGGAGGAGGACUUGGAAUUCAGGGAAGAUGUGGAUGUUGAUGCGACGCCUGUUGAAGGAGUCAGGAAGAGGGGUGGGGGCCAGAGUUGGAUUGCCUGGGGUUGGGGAGGAGGUAGUGGUGGCGGUGGCGGGGGUGAAGGGGGGAGGAGUUCGGGGAUGGAGAAGUAAGGGUUCUUUCCGGUCGGUAACGUCGUUGUUUGGUUUUGGGUAGUCGCGGAGAUAUGGGACGAUAUUUGUAUGUGGUAAAAGAGGUACGUGCACAAUGGUCAUGGGAUAUGGAUGGGCCUGGCGUUUUUGUGGUUAUCUCCAUCGUUACGUCUGGGCACAAGUGGUAUCUAGACACGGCCCCCAUGGCUUUCGUUUCAUGGCUGGCAAUCCCAGGCGGCUA